AUGAGCGACAGCUUUCACAGGCGGCUGAAAGCUUGGGCAAAGGCCUUUUCCGGUGCCUGGUUGGCGCUACAGAUCACGCACUUUGGAGGGAAAUACUCGAUCGAACGCAUGCUUGCGCUUGAGGAGUACACUCGGAAGACGUCACUAACGCGCGUUCUCCUCGUGAUUAUCGGCACUCCACUCCCAACCAUCAUCCUCGUGCUAUGCCAAGAGAGCAUUCCUCUGCAGAAUCCCUCUGAUAGCUGGAGUGUAAACUACGGCUUUUGGAUACGCAUGGUCACUCUUGCAGUCGGUGAAGCAUGCGGUACAGUGAUUCAAACAGGACGUCUUCUCGAUGGAGUCUCGCUCUCUCCGACCCAGAUGGUCAUAUUCGGCAUUUGUGUGGCGACCGGUAACACUGCAGCAUCCAUGGUUGUGGCGGCGUACUGGGUGUUCCCAAUUCCGUUCGCCAGCUUCCUGUUGUCCCCAGUUGUGGUUGCCUUCUCCGUGGGUGCAUUCCGUUUGUUUGCCGGAGGAGAGAGGUGUCGACAAAUACUUUCUCAACGUGAGCACCUCUAUCGAUGGUUUAGCUAUUUUUCGGUACAAAUGGUCAUGGUUCUCAUCUACCCAGCAUACCAAGCUUUGUUUGAAGCCGUAAGUUACACCAAGUUGGAGGUGCCAGUGCUGUUGCUUCUUCCCGUUCUUAAACUCGUACUG